AUGCCUUCCCCAAAAUCAGCCAUCAGCGACGAGCACUCCGCUCCGGAUCUGGAGAUCGUCGGAGACCAGGUGACAAUCCAUCCGUCGGGCUUCACUGGGGGACCAGGGGCGCAAGAUGAUCCCAUUACGGAACGAAACCUCGUACGCCACAUGGCGCGGUUUCGCGAAAACCCUCUGGACUUCCUUCGUGAAGUGAGCCUCUAUAUGUCCGGCACAGGCUGGCGUGCUUACGAAGAUGUUAUUGGGCAACCAGUCUUCUACUCGGGCUUCUCCGAAAAGAUCAAAUCCAACAUUCUGGCAAGCCCAAUGCUUCAAGAGAAAGUCCGGGAGCUUGCCAGUACCCGGCUAGGAGUUGAAGAGAAGGAGGGCCUCAUGGCAAUCAAAGAAGGCGCCACCUUGAAUGAAAAACGAGCUCGUCGCCGGCAUGAAAUUGAAAGCAGCCUUCGAGAGGUGGUGGAUACCAUGAUGGACAACAUGAUCUGCAAGAUGGAAAGCAAUACCUUCAUUCGGGGCGCAUACUAUUUGUGCACCCAGCUGUUGACCCGCGCCUACCAUCAAGGCGUGCAUGUGUCCAGUGAGGAGGUUUUGCGUCUUCGGUCGGUGGCAGAGACUGCUGCGAAGAAGAAACAAUCGAUUGUGUUCCUACCGUGCCACAAGUCUCAUGUGGAUUAUGUCUCUUUGCAGAUCAUUUGCUACCGUCUAGGGAUUGGUCUUCCCGUUGUUGUUGCAGGCGAUAAUUUAAAUAUUCCACUUCUAGGCCCUUUUUUGCAGCAUGCAGGCGCUAUGUGGAUUCGACGCAGCUUUGGCAAUGACCCAUUGUAUCAUACCGUGGUGCAGGCAUAUAUCGACACGAUUCUCCAGGAGGGCUUCAACUUCGAAUGUUUUAUUGAGGGCGGUCGAUCCAGAACGGGGAAACUUCUUUCUCCCAAGUUUGGCAUUCUCAAUUUUAUUGUCGAUAGUGUGUUGUCGGGCCGUGUCGAAGAUACGAUCAUUUGCCCCGUUAGCACCCAGUACGAUAAAGUCAUCGAGACUGAAUCCUAUAUCAGUGAACUUCUCGGUCAACCAAAGCAGAAGGAGAAUUUGGCUGAUCUUUUGUCAUCGUCUUCUGUCUUAUCCCUCAAGUUAGGGCGAGUUGAUGUUCGAUUUCAUGAACCCUGGAGUUUACGUGACUAUCUGAACCAACAACUCACACGACUCAACCAAUCUAGCAUAGGGAUGAACCAGCAGCUCUCCUAUGCCGAGCGCGGCCGUAUUCUCAGAACCCUGGGUUAUAGGGUUCUUUCUGAAAUCAAUGACGUCUCCGUCAUGAUGCCAACUGCUCUUGUUGGAACUGUGUUAUUGACCCUGCGUGGCCGCGGAGUUGGGAAAGGCGAACUAGUUCGACGAUUGAAUUGGCUAUGUGAUCGUGUUCGAGCAAAGGGGGGCAGAGUUGCCCAUUUCUAUCGUUCGCCGACGGAAAUGGUGGUCGACCGUGCAUUGGAUGUUCUAGGGCCAAAGCUCGUUGGCGUAAUCUCAGGGCUGGUCGAACCCACAUAUUACGCAGUUGACCGCUUCCAACUUUCUUUUUAUCGCAACAUGCUCAUCCAUCUCUUUAUCACUGAAGCAUUGGUUUCCGUUGCCAUGUAUACGAAGAUCAAGCAGGGAGGCGGACCAACAAAUCAACGAAUUACCUAUGAGGCUUUGAGGGACCAGGUUGCUUUCCUUUCUCAGCUCUUCCGUGGCGAAUUCAUUUUUCCACCAGAAGGCCUAGCAACCAAUUUUGAAAAUACACUGCGCGGCUUGGAAUCCGAUGAUGUGAUCAGAAUAGUCCGCGAUGCUUCUGGUACUCCACAGGUUGUUGAAUUGAGUGAUACCGAGCGUCUUUGUGGUCGUGAGAACUAUGACUUCUAUUGCUUCUUGAUCUGGCCUUUCAUUGAGGCUUCCUGGCUUGGUGCCGUUUCCCUCCUUGGACUGACGCCCCCCCUUGAUGGCCCGAGGGAUACCUGGAUUGGCAUGAAGAAAGCCCAAGACAGUGCUCAGCUGCUGGGAAAAACACUUUAUCACCAAGGUGAUCUUUCGUAUUUUGAAGCGGUCAAUAAGGAAACUCUCAAGAACUCCUAUCAACGAUUCGAAGAAGAGGGCAUUAUUCUUGUUGCCAAGGACAAAGAAUCUCGUGCUGGGCCGUCGCUAAGACUUGCCCCGGAGUGGACGCCUGAACGCGACCCCAUCACUGGCAAGGUUCUGGAUCGCGGGCGGCUCUGGGAUUUCACAGAAUUGAUUGCACAAUCUCGUCGCGAAGGCAAAAAUCGGCGCGACGGUGCGACUGUUUCUUCCCGUGUUUUAACUAUGUCUGACCUUGUUGGUCGGGAAUUGUUUUACAACGCUGCUGCUCCUGCUCCCGUGGAUAUUUCCUCUCGGCAGAUGCGUCGGAAGGCCAUUGGCACUGAAUCGAAACUCUAG